AUUAUUAAUGCGCCUGCAUUAGUUAUUGGUUACGAAAUAAUAACACUACCAGGUUGGCUGGACACGGUAAGGUCGGUCAGUAAUGCUCAGUAAUCCACCAAAGGUCGGCGCGUUAUACAAUACAUAGACUAUAAAAAAUCGUGUUAAUUGAUUUAAUAAAACCUUUAUCGAUUAUCCGUGAGUGAAAUCGAUUUAAAAAAAAAGUCAGUUGCAAUUCGAAAUUUGAAACGUGCUAUAGACAAUAAUGGAGUUAACAAAAGUGUGUUAUAUUGGGACUCUUUUGUCUUUCCUGAUGUUUGAUAUCCUAAUGGAAGGAUCGACUCAGGAGACUUCGUUUGAAUUACCAGUGCAGUUAGUUGGAUUCCCUUUCAUCAUUGUAGCUGUUCGGCUUACGAAUUUCGUGAAGAAACUGUCUUACGCUUUAAAUCCAGCUACCUACCGCUCCCGCAACCGUCGUGAGCUGACCCUAGAACCAGAGCCCUUCGAUGUCAAUGAAGUGGAGAAAUACAUCGUUGGGGAGUUUGGCGCACGAGCAUGUGUGUUUGAAAGGGUUUGUGCACACUAUGCCACUAGGGCGCAGGCGCAGCCGCGUCCACAGUUCGACUGGCCUAAUGUAUUUAGUCAAUACAAACGCUCACCGGAUCAGGCCAAGGAGUUCUACCUUCUCUCAGUGUUCCUGGGUGAUAUCGUAGGCUCACCGCAGUUGUGUCACCAGAUUGGAAAACGAAGGAGUUGUGACUCCCUAGCUUAUGGGAUAGAAUAAAAAGUAUUGUAAAUCCAAAGAUAAGUAUGUGAACACGUUAGAAAUGCAUUAUCUUUUUUAUGUAAGUUGGUAGGAUGUAGUUUGUACAAAAAUGUAAUGGUAUUGUUGUUUUAAGUAGUUUUAGUAGGUGUUUUAAAGACUAUUGUUUUGUUAAAGUGUAUAUUAAAUUCAAUUGGUCGUCUUUCGGUGAUAGGAAAGGGAAAAAGGGUUUGUAGACCUAUUUACAUUUCAUUGAGCAAUAAGGAAAUACUUUUAAAAUAAAGGUUAAAUAUCAUUUUGAUAUACAGCAACAAUCAUUUUAUAUGAUGCUAAUUUAAAAAGGCAACUAGCUUUUAAGGCAAAUCAAUAAGAGAGUGCAGGAUUUUUACCUCACUAUAACUAUUUGGUAUGGUAAUCUUGUUCAUGUUAAUUGUGAAAAAUCUCACGUCCAUCGAGGAUGUUCUCGGUAGUCAUGGCAGCGCCUAUAAGGAGACACCAGGUCCUUUAAAUAGGCCAACUUUGAAACCUGUGUAACGCUUAAUUACAACCAUUCCUAUGAAGAGUUACCAUUAGAACCUAUUAGAAUGUUUAUAACUUUUUAAUAA